UCCAGUUGGGAUCAAACAGUACGCAUAUGGAAAGUUAAUAUGAAUGGCACAACAACUCCCAAAAGUUAUACCAAGGUCAAUUCCCCCGUAUUGGAUAUCAGCGAUGACGGUUCCAAAAUCUAUUUGGCCACUGGCCAUGAGGUCCAUCAAUGGGACUUGCAGUCUGAUCAAGUGACACAAAUUGGGCCACUCAACGCAGGAGUUAGCAGUUGUCACUGGAUUAAGGCACCUAACUAUGCGUGUCUUAUGACUGGCUCCUGGGAUAAGACUGUAAAGUUUUGGGACCCCCGAAACCCGUUGCCUAUGCUUAAAAAAGAUACACCCGAUCGUUGCUAUGCAGCCGAUGUUUUUUAUCCCUUCGCUGUAAUCGGAUGUGCCAAUAACACCAUUAUUACAUAUUCGUUGGACAAAAUGCCAACAGAUUACAUAUGCUUUCAGAGUGGAUUAAAACAACAGAUGCUUUGCAUUAGUUUGUUCCGAGAUAACACGGCAUCGCCAGCUGGCUUUGUUGUCAGCGGCAUUGAAGGUCGUAGCUCCGUUCAUUACCUGAAAGGACUCAAUGACACAUUUAAGUUCGAUUGUCAUACCUCAGAGUGCAACUUGGGAUAUGUGAAUAUAUACGCAGUUAAUGACGUAAAGCGUCAUCCCCUAAAUAAUACGCUAGCUACUGCGGGCUCUGACGGUAUAUACGUAUUUUGGGAUAUGCAAUGGCGCAAUAGGCUAUUUGAUAGUCUUCCUAAAGAUCAGCCACUGACCAAGUGUUGCUUUAACUCUGAUGGACGCAUUUUUGCCUAUGCCCUGGGCUAUGAUUGGUCUAGUGGUCAUGUAUAUUACGAUGCUAAUAAGCAGCCACAAAUAUUUUUGCACCCUUGCUUUUCGUAA